GCCUGAUAUAGUCUGGAUUAAGUGAAGUGUUUAUUUUUGUUCGCGUAAAGUUAGUACAACUGAAGGAGGAUCCUACUGUGAUUUUUAUACCUAUCGAAGGGAUCAAAUCCCAUAAUACCAACAGAAUAAAACUAGGAUGUGUUAGAGGCCAUCGGAUGUCGCACUGGUUAACAAAAACUGACAAGGAAAUUAGCUGUACCGACCCAGUGGACGUUGGAUGUGUCAGCUGAUGACAGAGGGCAGUAUCCGAACAGUGGUAUAGCUUCUCUGCAGGGGGACACUGGCGCCAGAGUUGGGCCAGGAACCAUCGAACUUGCAGCGCAAUCAUGGGUAAGGCUCUGAUGGUACUGCUAAUGCUGCUUACGGUAUGGGGUUCAAUGUUGUUAACAAAGUUUCAUAAGAAUGCAAGACAACAACGUCCUGGACGACACACAACUAGUCCUACCAUAUCAUCCACAGGAACACCUCCCAGUAUGUCUAACUCUUCAACAACAUCGCCCUCUACAACAUCUUCUCCAACAAAUACAACCACAUCUAACACUCCAGCCACACCUACAACGCCUACAGCUCCCGGAACUUCAGUUACUCCUACAACGCCAUCUACUCCUGAGACUACUACACCUGCUACUCCAGUUUACACCGGUUUCUCCUGGAACCCCUGCUACACCUGGAACCCCUGCAACGUCUGCCCCUCCUGUAACACCUGGGACAUUCUGCGGACUCCUUCAACUCCCGUAACUCCUGUAACAUCUGUACCCCCUACAUCCCCUACUAUUCCAGCAACUUUCUGA